UCCAGUGCCCAACCUUUUCGUCUCGUAUGCUUUGGCCCAUAAGGCACCGUACAGAACAGCCAAGCCUUACGAUGAGAAUGACACAGCGUCCGCGUACUCCAGCAAGACCGCCUACGAUCGGAUGGAGAAAUUUAAAGGGAAGGCAAAAGAGUUGAAAGGGCCCGAGUAUGAUGUGACAACAGAGCCUCUUGACCACGCGUUGGUCAUGAUCUCUGGAGAAGGCAGGAAACAUGGCAAGGAAGCAAUUGCAGGAGGCAUGUUCCCUAGUUCCUCCCGUAGCUCUCUCCCUGAAUACAAAGCUCGGUUAGGUAUCUCAAAAUCUUCUACAUGUAAACGCUCGACUCCAGCUAUGGUUGAGAUGGAGGCGAGACUGGCGGAGUUGAGGCGAGUGGCGGCGGAGGAGAGGGCGGAGGAGAGGCGACUAGCUGAUGAGAGGAUGCAGCAAGCGGUGCAGCAGGCGGUGUUGGCACAAACUAGUCAAUGCUUUGCAAUGUUUGCGGCUUAUUGUACCCAGAAUGGUAUGCCCGCUAUGCAGAUGCCUCAAUCAGGCCAUGGAUCUAAUGCUGAUGGAUCUUCACAUGCACGAGGCCCAAGCGACAACAACCUUGGUGGUUCUCCGAAUGUUUGAGAUCGAGUAUGGUUGCCACCUGGAUGCUCUUUGGACUACGACAUGGACAUGAAGGCGUUUGUUGUAGUGCCAAAUCUUACGUAGUGAUGCCAUCUUUGUUCAUUGUGUAUUAUAUGCUGUGGAACUUUGUUUUGGGACUAUAUGCUAUGGAACUUUGUCCCGGGACUAUAUAUAUGCUAUGGAACUUUGUUUUGGGACUAUAUAUAUGCUAUGGAACUUUGUUUUGGGACUAUAUGCUAUGGAACU